AUGCUCCCAAAAAUCCCCUUGGUCCACCAGCAGAGCCAUUCAAGGUCCUCCAAAAAUAUCCUGACUCACAUAAUUUCGCAAUUGCGGCCGGGUGCGGACCUUGGCAGAGUCACGCUUCCUACCUUCAUACUGGAGCCUCGAUCAAUGCUGGAACGGAUCACGAAUUUCAUGGCCCACCCCGAAACGCUCCUUCCAAUGCCCGAAAUAGAUGACCCUGUCCAACGAUUCGUGUCCGUGGUUAGAUUCUACCUCAGUGGAUGGCACAUAAAACCUCCGGGUGUUAAAAAGCCAUUGAAUCCGAUCCUAGGAGAAACUUUUACUUGUUAUUGGGAUUACGAGGAUGGCACCCGGAGCUACUACAUUUCCGAGCAGACUUCCCACCAUCCCCCCAAGUCGAGUUACUUUUUCAUGGCCCCUGAACAUCAUAUACGAAUCGACGGUACUUUGAAGCCGCGGAGUAAAUUUUUGGGGAAUUCCGCUGCAAGUAUGAUGGAAGGGAUAGCGAUAUUAUCCUUCCUGAAUAGGGGUGAACCUGGGAAAGGUGAAAGAUAUAUCGUGACCCAACCGAAUAUGUAUGCUCGAGGUAUUCUGUGGGGCAAAAUGAAGUAUGAACUAGGAGAUCAUAGCGUUAUAAGAUGCCCCGAGAAUAAUUUGUCGGCGGACAUCGAGUUCAAAACCAAAGGUUAUUUUUCCGGCACCUACAAUGCCAUAGGAGGAAUGAUAAAAGAUGACAGAACCGGUGAGAUACUUUAUGAACUAUCCGGGCUUUGGAACGGCGAGAUGUUCAUAAAAAGGGUUGCUAGUGGACAAAAGGAGCUUCUUUUCAAUGCGACAAAUGCAAAACACACGCCUCCUCUUGUCAGGCCAUUAGAAGAGCAGGAGCCACAUGAAUCGCAAAGACUUUGGAAUAGCACAGUCCAAGCGUUAAUUGCUAGGAACCAUGACCUUGCCACGGAAGAGAAAACUAAGAUUGAAGAGAUGCAGCGGCUUGAGGCAUCAAAGAGGCUAGAAGAUGGAGUCGAAUGGCGGCCCAAACUUUUCCGCACAGUUCGAGGCGGACCGCAGGGACCUGGGGAAGGCGAAGAGGAUCUUGAGUGGAUUCUGAAUGCGAAAAUAAACCCAUAUAACCCGACUGUGGCCGAGCAACAGAUCCUAUCUGUUGCAGCAAUUCUCCCAGGCCAAAAGCCUCACUGUCAAUUUGAAAUACCAGCCCAUUCGUCAUCACGAUCCCAUAAGUCAGAAAAAGCCUCCUCAUCAGGCCAACUAGCAAAGAUGACCGCAGAAACACACCCCACCCAACAGAAUAAUAUUAGCAACCUCAUAGACUUUGACGAAGGUAGUAACAACGGGCAGUCCGAUGAGAACAAGAUCUUGAAAUCAGCAGGACCCUCAGUGGGCUCCAUGGAUAUCUUGGGUGGAGACGGCCAAGAUGACACUCAUGCCCAAGCCUCCCCGUCCUCAAACUACCAUCCCCCAAACAUGGCAAAUAUCAUGACACCGCUGCAGCCCACAAGCAGCCCAGCACAAACCCGAUCGCUGCACAGUCGCAAUUCCGCUGCCUCAGAUAAUGACGACUUCGUCGAUGCGCAAAGUUAA